AUGCUUUUGCAAGAUCCUCCAACACUGAACAUUCUAAAACAUCAAAAUGCUCGACCUCACGGGCCUCACUCCCGCACCCGUCACACUGUUCUUGCCAACGGCGAAGCCGACUACGAGGCAAUUUACCGUCUCGGAUCAUGGCUUGGCAGCAUCGACGGCGUCCAAGGUCUUGUUGUCCUAGGCCAUGCUGGUGAAGGUACUUUCCUCACCCAAGAGGAACAAUGCGCCAUGAUCGGAGCUUUUCGGGGUUCACUGGAGAAGGAACCCGAAGUUGUCUCCGCGGAAGCCAAACGUGCAGUAGAAACCGGGGCACAAGCAGGCUUUCUAUAUCCAUCCCAUGGCUGGGUGCGCUUUGGCUACCAACCGGGAGCUCCACAAGACCGCUAUCGACGUGUUUAUGAGCUUACAGACCAUGCUCGAAAUUUCCGCUUUGCCUGGUGUCUUCGCCAGGAAGAAUGGGUACGCAACACGCGCCGAUGGGACACAGGGAUCACUGUCAUCCAUGAUGAGCGUCCUGAGUUCCAAAUUCUGACCUGUCACAAGGAAUACUCGCUACACACGGCCUUUGACGAUGAUGGCAUGCUAGUUCGUUAUCGAGAUAUCGCACCAGAGCUACUUCUGGAAUUGAUCGAUGCUGGCAAGGCCAAAGACUAUGUGCGGGCUCGUGCAGCACAUGAUCGCCUUCUACCAGUCACAAAACCUGUUUAUCAUCGUGGCUCUCAUAUGGAAGGCACUGUAGCAUUGAAGCAUGUACUGGCCGCUCGGGGGAUUCUCAAUGAUGCCACUGUUCGGUCACCACUGUUCCCCUUACCGGAAGGUGCGGAGGCAGAAAUUCACGCCGCUGUCACUGCCGCUGCACUCCCGAUGGUGGUUGCCGCUGGAAAACCCUUUGGACGGGCAGCAGGGUUGCCGAAGGGAAUGCAAGCGAAUGGAACUCCCAGUCAAUUGCAUAACGGGCAUACCAGUUGGAUCACCGCCACCGCAUAG